ACUAACCAACUAACCAAACCACAAAUUGCUGAAUACAUCACUGAAGACAACUGGACAACCUUUUUAAAACGUCAUAUGGAUGUGACAGAUAUGCAAAAAACAUUCAGAGAACAGCCCCACAAUGUUUUCAUUUUUACCGAUUUUAUACGAAUGGCAUUUAAAUUUUUCGUUCAAGAAAAACUUUUAGAUAAAGACGUAAUUGAUGCUGUCAAAAAUUUGAAUUAUAUUGUCGUUGAUAUGGAAAUAUUUUCUGCUAAUGAAAAAGGUUCCAUGCAACAAUUAGAUAUUAGUUCAUCUAAUGAAAGUCAGUUUAAUAAUGACGAUUUCGACUUUACGGCUUCAUAUGAGUUGAAUAGCGCUUCAAAUAUGUUGAGUAGAAGUGACCAUCUUAUUAAUGAUGAUUUCGACUCUACGGCUUCACAUGCAUUGAAUAGUGUUUCAGAUAUAUUGAAUAGCAGUGACCAACUUAUUAGUGCCGAUUUCGAAUGCAGUUUUUCUACAACUUCGGAUGCAUCGAAUAUGAAAGAAAUUGAAUUACAAACAGAGGCAAGAACAGAAUAUAUACAAACCCUAGUAGAUGGCAAAAUUAAUUUUCAGCCGCU